CGGUGGACGCCACCUCUUGAGGGAUCCGGGUCUUGCUCGGCGCCUGCUCUCCCCUCGACAGCCCGCUCGGAAAGUCGUCAUGGUUCACUUCUUGCACCCCGGCCUCUCGCCCCGGGCCAUCGUGCCUCCCGACCCUCAGAAGGAUGCCCUGGGGUGCUCCGUGGUGCAGGAGGAGGCAUCUCCCUACUCUUUAGUCAACAUCUGCCUGAAUGUCCUGAUUGCUAAUCUUGAAAAAGUGUGUUCUGAAAGGUCUGAUGGAACACUGUGCCUCCCGGAGCAUUGGCGUUUCCCUCAGGAGGUAGCCGAUCGAUUCCUUGGGGUGAUGACUUGGCAAGGCAAGUUGACUGAUAGAACAGCGAGCAUUUUCCAAAGCAACCAGAUGAAACUGAAGCUGGUCAAUAUCCAAAAAGCUAAAAUCUCUACAGCUGCAUUCAUAAAAGCCUUCUGCCAUCACAAAAUCAUUGAACUGGAUGCUACUGCGGUGCACACUGACCUCUCAAUCGCAGACAUCAUAAGUGGACUCUGCAGCAAUAGCUGGAUCCAGCAAAAUCUCCAGUGUCUCCUUUUGGACUCUACAAGCAUCCCUCGAGAUUCAAGGCUGCUGUUCUUCAGUCAGCUUACUGGUCUUCGCAUUUUAAGUGUUUUCAAUGUUUGUUUUCAUAGUGAAGACCUAGCUAAUGUUUCUCAGUUACCCAAACUGGAAAGCUUGGAUAUCUCCAAUACUCUGGUCACUGACAUCUCUGCCCUCCUUACCUGUAAAGAGCGUCUCAAGUCUCUCACAAUGCACUAUCUGAAAUGCCUGACCAUGACCAAACCACAGGUUCUUGCAGUCAUUAGAGAACUUAAAUGUCUGCUUCACCUUGAUAUCUCUGAUCACAGGCAACUCAAAUCAGAUCUAGCUUUUCAUUUGCUACAGCAGAAGGAUAUUCUGCCUAAUGUUGUGUCACUGGACAUUUCGGGGGGCAAUUGCAUCACCGAUGGUGCUGUAGAAUUGUUCAUACGACGGCGGCCUGCGAUGAAGUUUGUGGGGCUGUUGGCUACGGAUGCUGGUUAUUCUGACUUCUUUCCUACAAAGCAAGGCUUGAGGGUUGCUGGAGGAGCCAAUAUGAGUCAGAUUUCAGAAGCACUGAGCAGAUACCAGAAUAGGUUAUGUUUUAUGAAGGAAGCCCUCUGCCGGCUUUUCACAGAGACGUUUUCAGUGCAGGUAACCAUGCCUGCUCUUUUAAAGCUUGUGGCUGUAGGAAUGAGGAAUCAUCCUUUGGAUUUGCCAGUGCAGUUCACAGCCAGUGCUUGCACCCUCAACUUAACACGCCAGGGCCUGGCCAGGGGGAUGCCCAUCCGUCUGUUGUCAGAGGUUACAUGUCUGCUUUUCAAGGCUCUGAAAAAUUUCCCCCAUUACCAGCAGUUACAGAAGAAUUGUCUUCUCUUCUUAACCAAUUCCAGGAUUCUUGUGGAUGUUCCAUUUGACAGAUUUGAUGCUGCCAAGUUUGUCAUGCGAUGGCUCUGUAAGCAUGAAAACCCAAAGAUGCAAACAAUGGCAGUAAGCAUCACCUCAAUUCUAGCCCUGCAGCUUUCACCUGAGCAAACUGCAGACCUUAAAGAAGAGCUCUUCAUGGCAGUUAAGGAACUUCUAGCAAUAGUGAAACAAAAGACUACUGAGAAUUCAGAUGAUGUCACCCUCUUAUUUACUUUGAAAGCACUUUGGAAUCUUACAGAUGAGUCUCCAACUGCCUGCAAGCACUUUAUUGAAAGUCAAGGAGUGACAAUCUUCAUCCAAGUCUUGGAGACUUUUUCAGAGUCAACAAUACAAAGCAAAGUACUUGGUCUUUUGAACAACAUAGCUGAAGUCAGAGAACUCUCUUCCAAGCUGGUGACUGAAGAUGUGGUGAAGCAUAUCAGCACCUUGCUGCACAGCAAACAAAUGGAAGUCAGUUACUUUGCUGCAGGCAUCAUAGCCCACCUGACAUCUGACAGACAGUCCUGGGUAUCCCACAACCUUCAGAGGAGUACUCUUCUCCAGGAUCUGUAUGCAACCAUCCAGAAUUGGCCAAGUUUGAGCUGUAAGAUGACAGCACUGGUGACCUACAGAUCCUUCAAGGCAUUUUUCCCACUCCUUGGCAACUUCUCCCAGCCGGAGGUCCAGCUCUGGGCACUGUGGGCAAUGUAUCAUGUCUGCAGUAAAAACCCCAGUAAAUACUGCAAAAUGUUAGUUGAAGAAGGAGGAUUGCAGCUUGUGCGUGACAUCCAGGAGCGCAGUGAAGCAGAGCCCCACACACAACAGAUUGCAGCCUCCAUUCUGGCAGACUUCAAAAUGCACUUCAUGAAUUACCAGAGACUCUCUCUGUGUUGACUGCCAUUCUUAACCUAA